UGGCAAAAUUUCGUUGGUUGAUAUAGCAAAGGGGAGUAUGGCGUAUAGAAGAUAAGUGAGAACGAGAAAGAGAAAUUGGCCUCUUUUAAAAAUUACUUUGCUGUUCAUAAUUUUCGAAGUGUCAACUGUGGUAAAAAUGUUGAACGCGAAAAUUGGAAAAGUUGGCAAGGUGCUUGUGUGCGGAAUGAAAAAUGUAGGAAAAACUGCGUUAAUCGAGCAACUGGUGUACGGCAACAUUAAUACGGAGACAGAGCUGCAUCCCACAAUUGAAGAUAUAUAUGUGGCAAGUGUAGAUACAGGUCGCGGUGGCGCUAGAGAAACGCUACGCAUUUAUGAUACAGCCGGAUUACAAGGGGAACAGGCCGCGCAGCUGCCGCGUCAUUACCUGCAAUUCCCAGAUGCCUAUGUGCUCGUAUACGAUCCUACCGAUCCGCGCAGUCUAGAUAUGCUGGCAGACAUCAAAACAGAUAUAGAUAAACAUAAAGAGAAAAAGGAAGUGCCUGUUAUAGUGUUGGCCAAUGUGCGAGCACGCAACAAAAAGGAGACACCGCCCACAACGCCAAAUCGUGUUGAAUCAAUAAUGGAUCGUGCUAAUAACUGGUGCCAAAGGGAGCGCAUAAAACACUAUACUGUCAAUGUGAUGGAACGUCCCUCACUGUACGAACCAUUCACAGCGCUAUGUGCGCGUCUGCAUCCACCACAGACCAAGAGCACAUUCCCACAGCUGCGUCAAGUGAUGCAGAAUCGGCAGAAAAGUGAAAUCUAGGUUUGUUUUUAUCAGACAAUUAAGUAAUCUCAAUUUAGCAUAGAACUGACUAAAUAACCGACUAACAUGACUUUUGUAUGUAUGUGUAAACUGAAUAUUAUUUUAAGCUUGUAUUUUUGUGAUUCAUAAGUCGAAUGUACUUAUUUAUACAAAAGCGUAUAAUAUAUACCUAGUAUAUAUGUAUUAUUAAAACUUUUGAUAUGUCAUAAGUGUAGCUAAGACUUAAUUUAGUGAGGUAUCAGCAGUUUAUAAAUACUUCUGAAUAUAUUUA